AUGAGCGCCGAGAACAAGCAAGCUCGCAGCCGCGUCUUCUUCGACAUUACAAUUGGCGGGAAGGCAGCGGGCCGUGUUACAUUCGAGCUGUACAACGAUGUUGUACCUAAGACGGCGGACAACUUCCGGGCUCUAUGCACUGGUGAGAAGGGCAUCGGCAAGGCCGGCAAGCCCUUGCAUUACAAGGGCUCGAGCUUCCACCGGGUCAUCAAGCAGUUCAUGAUCCAAGGCGGUGAUUUCACUGCCGGGAAUGGCACCGGCGGCGAGUCCAUCUAUGGCGCAAAGUUCGACGACGAAAACUUCGAGCUAAAACACGAACGCCCCUUCCUUCUAUCCAUGGCUAAUGCUGGCCCCGGCACCAACGGCUCCCAGUUUUUCGUCACUACCGUCUCCACUCCCCAUCUCGACGGCAAGCACGUUGUUUUCGGCGAAGUACUUCGCGGCAAGUCAAUCAUACGCCAGAUCGAGAAUCUCCCGACGCAGAGCGAUAAGCCCGUCAAGGAUGCCGUGAUUGCGGAUUGCGGCGAGCUUUCCGCGGAUGAGGCAGAGGCCGCUGACACCAAGGCCCCUGACGCGUACGGUGACGAGUACGAGGAUUAUCCCGAUGACCAAACGGCAGACGACAAGCCGCUUUCUGCCGCCCAAGUACUCGAGAUUGCCACGAACUGCAAAGGUUUUGGCAACGCCGCCUUCAAGGCCGGUGACUUCAACGCGGCACUCGACAAGUACGAAAAGGGGCGGCGGUAUCUGGACGUGGACCCCGAACUGGACAACGAGCCGCCGACCACGAAGGAACAGCUGGAGACCUUGCGCAUCACCUUGAAUAGCAACGCGGCGUUGAUGAACAUGAAACUUGGCGCGUGGAAGGACACUGUUCGGGCGGCUGACAACGCCUUGGCCAUCUCGAGCAUCUCGGACAAGGACAAGGCCAAGGCCCUAUACCGCCGUGGCUAUGCGCUAGUGCGCCUCAAGGAUGAGGACGCCGCGGUGGAGAGCCUUGAACAGGCCAAGAAACUGGAGCCUAAGGAUAGUGCUAUCACUGCCGAGUUAGCCGCCGUCAAGACGGUGGCUGCGGCGAGGUUAGCCAAGGAGAAGGCUUCUUUCAAGAAGUUCUUUGCAGACUGA